AAGGGUGGCGCCAUAGGCGGUUGCUUCAGACGAGGAGAGAACAGUCGCGCGCCGGCCGUCGCCAGGACUAGAUUCGCGUGUUGGUUCUUCGGUUGCGGAAAAAAGAGCGAGUAGUGGAAGCGGAAGUGGUUUUAGAAAGGGCUGGCGAAGGGCUGGCGGAAGGCUGGCGGUCCGAGAUGAGCGAUGAGGGGGGGCCUGGGCUGCCUGCUAGCCUCCGUCUUCGUCGUUCACAUCGUCAACGUGAACGGACUGCCGCCGGUGGUGAAAAUCGGUGCCAUAUUCACUCAUGACCAAAAAGAUAGCAGCACCGAACUGGCGUUCAAGUACGCGGUGUACAAAAUCAACGAGGACCGGACCAUUUUGCCCCACACAACCCUCGCCUACGACAUCCAGUACGUGCCGAGAGAUGACUCCUUCCAUGCUUCGAAAAAAGCCUGUGAGCAGGUCAAGUUUGGGGUGCAGGCUGUCUUCGGUCCGUCGGAUCCGAUCCUGGGACAACACAUUCACAGCAUCUGCGACGCCCUGGACAUACCGCACCUGGAGGCGAGGCUGGACCUGGAGGCCGAGGCGAAGGAGUUCAGCAUCAACCUCCACCCGGCGCAGACUCUCCUUAACACCGCCUAUCAGGACGUCAUGGCUUUUCUCAACUGGACGAAGGUGGCGAUCAUCUACGAGGACGAUUACGGACUCGUCAAACUCAGGGAGCUCGUUCGCAGUCCCAGGUCUCAGGACAUGGAGAUCCACCUGAGACAGGCGGGUCCUGACUCCUAUCGGCAGGUCCUUGCGGAUAUCAAGACUAAGGAGAUACGGAACCUGGUCGUCGACACGAAGCCUGAGCACAUGCACCACUUUCUGCGAACGAUACUGCAGCUUCAGAUGAACGACUACAAUUAUCACUAUCUUUUCGCAACAUUCGACAUCGAAACGUUCGACCUCGAGGACUUCAAGUAUAACUUCGUCAACAUGACCGCGUUUCGUCUCGUCGACGCAGACGACGUCGGGGUCAGAGGCGUGCUUAGGGAUAUGGAGAAAUUUCAACAAAGUGGAAACACGAUACUCAAUAAAUCUCGGGUCAUUCAGGCGGAACCAGCCCUGAUGUAUGACAGCGUCCAGGUUUUCGCCGUGGGCCUCAGGACCUUGGAACAAUCGCACGCCCUUCGCCCAGCGAAUUUAUCUUGCGAGCUGGAACACCCAUGGGACGGCGGCCUCUCCCUUAUCAACUACAUAAACUCGGUAGAGCUGAAGGGAAUAUCUGGACCGAUAGAGUUCAAAGAGGGACGUCGCAUUCAGUUCAAACUCGAUUUACUCAAACUCAAGCAGCACUCACUCGUCAAGGUGGGUGAAUGGCGACCAGGUGCCGGCAUCAACGUCACAGACAGGGCGGCUUUCUUCGAGCCAGGAAUUGCGAACGUUACCCUCGUCGUCAUAACAAUUUUGGAGACGCCCUACGUGAUGAUGCAUUACGAGAAAAAUUAUACGGGGAAUUCACGGUUUUACGGAUUUUGCGUCGACCUGCUCAAAGUGCUCGCCAAGGAGGUCGGAUUCUCGUAUCGAAUGGAACUGGUUCCGGACCGGAAAUACGGGGCGAAGGACCCCGAGACCGGCGAGUGGAACGGCAUCGUCAAUGAACUCAUGCGACAUGAGCAGCCAUACGUGAUGCUCGGGGCGCAGGCAAACCUCACAGGAAAUUCGAGGUACGAGGGAUUCUGCAUCGAUCUUCUCAAGGAGAUCGCUAAGAUGGUCGGAUUCACUUACAGAAUCGAACUCGUCCCCGACGGCAAGUACGGCGUCUACAACUACGAGACUGGCGAAUGGAACGGCAUCGUUCGUCAGCUCAUGGACAAGAAAGCUGAUUUGGCCGUCGGUUCGAUGACGAUAAAUUACGCGAGAGAGAGCGUGAUCGACUUCACAAAGCCGUUUAUGAAUUUGGGAAUAUCAAUCUUGUUCAAGGUUCCCACCAGCCACCCGGCUCGACUUUUCUCCUUCAUGAAUCCCUUGGCGAUCGAGAUAUGGCUCUACGUUUUAGCGGCGUACGUUCUCGUCUCGGUCACGAUGUUCGUCGUCGCCCGUUUCAGCCCCUACGAAUGGAACAACCCUCAUCCCUGUCACGCGGGGCCAGACAUAGUCGAGAACCAGUUUUCGAUGGCGAACAGCUUCUGGUUCACAAUCGGCACCCUCAUGCAACAGGGGAGCGACCUCAACCCGAAGGCUACGAGCACCAGGAUAGUUGGCGGUAUCUGGUGGUUCUUUACCCUGAUAAUAAUAUCCUCAUACACCGCAAAUUUGGCGGCGUUUUUAACCGUCGAGAGGAUGAUAACGCCGAUCGAGAACGCGGAGGACCUCGAAGGCCAGACGGAUAUCGUUUACGGGACGCUGGACAGCGGGAGUACGAUGACCUUCUUCAGGGACUCGAUGAUAGAGACUUACAAGAAGAUGUGGCGGUUCAUGGAGAACAAGAAACCCUCGGUUUUUGUGCCGACCUACGAAGAGGGGAUACGGCGGGUCCUUCAGGGCGACUACGCCUUCCUUAUGGAGUCCACGAUGCUCGACUACAUCGUACAGAGAGACUGCAAUCUCACACAAAUCGGUGGACUGCUGGACAGCAAGGGAUAUGGCAUCGCGACGCCGAUGGGAUCACCCUGGAGGGACAAAAUAUCGCUGGCAAUCCUUGAGCUGCAGGAGAAGGGAGAGAUCCAGAUGCUAUACGAUAAAUGGUGGAAGAGUCCAGGCGACACGUGUAUGAGGACCGAGAAAGGGAAGGAGAGCAAAGCCAACGCCCUCGGCGUCGACAAUAUAGGCGGAGUAUUCGUCGUCCUCCUCUGCGGUCUCGCAUUCGCAGUUCUUGUUGCGAUAUUCGAGUUCUGCUACAACUCUAAAAGAAACGCACCACCGCCCACCGAACGACAACGGCCAACGGGGCCUCCGACCUGCUCUGGUUCCCUGCAAGGCAUUCCUCAGGCAACACAACAGCAGCAACAGCAACAGCAACAACAGCAGCAGCAACAGCAGAAUUCCAACCCCCAGGAAUCACUGUGCUCUGAAAUGGCUCGAGAACUGUGUCUGGCGAUUCGUUGCAAUUCUUCGAAGCGCAGAAGACGAGGAUGCGAAAAAUGCUCGUCAAACCGAGGCUCCGGUUACCCCCAAGAAAAUGAAACCCCCACACCGAUUAACGGAAUCAGAUCACAGAGGAGUAGCCUGGGGGGCGCCAUCGACCUUCCACCCCACAUUCACAUGCAUCACGGACUUUCGCACGACUUCGACGUUGAUUACGAUUGAAGAUGGCAACAAGUCCGAAGUUCUUCAUCAUUCUUCGUUUUACUUUUGACAAAUUUUUUCCCUCAAUUUUUUCUCCUAGCUUGUUUGAAAAUUACCCUUCUACAAAAACUCCAGCAACAAUAUAUCAUUUCAGUCGCUUGUUAUUUAUUCAUUUCACCGAGUGUUCAGCUCUAAGCGUUAGUCCUAUUUUCUCGUAUAUUCUAAUGCGGUCAAUACACGUGCGGUAGAAAAUCCGUACGAUCUCAGGCAGUUAUUCAUGGUUUCACCGUCCUUUACCCGAUCAAUUGUCUCAGAUCUAUACACGGAUUUACAACUCCCGUUUACUGACUGAUCAGAGCCGAGUACAAUUCAGUUCACUGCACAGAAUUAUUGUAAUAUGUAAUUAUAAACGAAACGAGAGGAGUAACGUUAAAAUUAUGAUUGUUAUUGCUGCAAUGAUGACACGAUAUAAACUGGAGUACUUCUUCAUACGUAUGACUUGUACUACGCAUUGUGUAUAGCGAACAAUAUAAUAUACAGGUGAAUGGUAAUGAAGAAGAUAUAUAUAUAUAGAUAUAUAUUCAUUGUAAAUAAAUAGUCGGUAUACGUGUAAACAUAUGGAUUUAGUAUGUCUAACAAUAAGCGAGAACUUGUCUAGUUUAUACAUUUGAAUUUAAAUGUGUAAUUAUUAUUGUGUAAUAUCGUAAUAAGACGAUGAAUGUUAGUAUUAAAGAGUACAACUUCAAUAU